GCCGGAAACAUGUCUCUCCUGCUGGACAACCAGUUCAAAGAGCUGCCCCCCGACCGGGCGGUGGACACCAAGUUGUUCCUGGAGUCCGUCUCUCACAUUCCGUCAUUCUUCGACUGCUUGGGAUCAAACGUGUUUUCAGUCAUCAAAUCCGACAUUAACGGCAAUAUCGUGAAAAUUACAGCGGUGUAUGUGAAGGAUCCCGCUCGGUACGUCACCCUGCAGGACAUCGUGGAGGCUGAGCGGGACGCGCAUCCGGCCGAGUGGCCCAAAGUCGGAGCCACGUUGGCUCUGAUGUGGCUGAAGAGGGGGCUCCGUUUUAUACAAAUCCUGCUGCAGAGUUUAGCAGAUGGAGAGAGGGAUGAGAACAACCCCAACCUCAUUCGGGUUAAUGUCACCAAAGCAUAUGAAGAGGCGCUCAAGAAAUACCAUGGCUGGCUUGUUCAAAAGAUUUUCUAUGUGGCAUUGCAUGCAGCUCCCUACAAAUCCAACUUCCUCAAGGCUCUGUCCAAAGGAGAGGAAGUGAAAGAGGAGGAGUGUUUGGCCAAUGUGCGUCAGUUCCUCGUUACUUACACCACCACCGUAGACGCCGUCUACGACAUGUACUCGCACCUGAACGCCGAGCUGGAGUACACCGUGUGACGGUCUCUCAGGUGUCGGGCAAGUUCAGUUUUUAAUGAGGUUGUUUUUAAUUUUUUCUUUUCAGGUGUGAUAUUUAUUAUUUUAAUGAUGUCUUACUAAAUAUUACAACUGUAUAUGUAGUUCUCAAAACAACAUAUUGCCUUCAAUUCAAGUUAACAUUAUAGCAGAAUAUGAUGUUUGUGUUCCUAUAUAUCAUUUCAAAUAAUUUCAGGGUUGUUACAGCAACAGAGCAGCUCUCACUCUUAUGCAAAAUUAAAGUAUUGUGUGUGUGUGUGUCGUGGCUUUAUUUAUAACAAUAACGGGUGUCUUUUCACCUGUUCCAUCAAGUGAAGAAUACAAGACUAAACAUUAUGACAGGAGACCUUUCUGUCCCGAUGUGUCUGCCUCCUGACCCUCGGCGUUGCCUCCAUGUUAACCUGGAGCAGCGGCCAAGAGUACAAUAAAACAAAUCAUUUCAAUUGUGCAUUAAUCCACUUGUGCCUUGAUUUAACUGUACAAAUAAACAAUGUUUUCAAUCUA